CCCCGAUUUAUUAGGUGUUAGCCAGAUGUUAAGCUAGUUGAUGAAUUUGACUUUGAAUCUGAUUUUACUGACGCCGAAAUGCUGCUGUCCUCUGUGGUUACACUUCCUGGUUGUGUUGAUAUGGAAUGACUUCCAGUCUGUCCACUUCUGCGGCCACUAAAGUUUCCCAUUAAUUAUUGAAACAAACUACUGUAUCUUUUACAAAAUAUUAAUUUAUGUGUAAAAGUGAGAUAAAUAUUAUAUAUAUACUGUACAUUGUAGAGUACUGUCAUAUGUUGUAUAUGGACUUUACUGCUCAUCUCUCAACCCCUCCCCUCCUGACUGCUCCUGGCUCCGUUAUUUCGUAUGUGAUGGAGGCUCCUGAUGGUGCUCCAGUGGAAAGCACAAGUGUGUGUGUGAGAGAGAGAAGUGGCUCUGGAGUUGACAACACGCGAGACACUGGCAGCAGAAUCAUCAGAUAUCUCUAUGUAACACUUUGAGGCUUCAGACAAGCAGGAUGUUUCCCUGUCAUUAUUAUGGAUGUCAUUCGUUAUUGCAGAUUGAAAUCACUUCCCUGGGCUGUUCUCAUCUCUUCACUGCUCGUGAUCCGUGGUACAUCUCCUUUGGGGACGACCCCAGCUGUGGACCUGUGCUCACCAAACCCGUGCCAAAACCAGGCCUUGUGUCGAAUCCGCGGGGACGGUUAUGCAUGCUUCUGCGUGCCGGGCUUCCAGGGCGCUCAUUGUCAGAUUGAUGUCAAUGAAUGUGUCUCUCAGCCCUGCGUGAACGGAGCCACCUGUGUGGACAGAGUUGGUCGCUACUCCUGUCUUUGUCCCUCUGGGUUCACUGGGGCCACUUGUGAGGUCCCGAUUGAUGAGUGUCAAUCACAGCCGUGUCUCAAUGGAGGCAGUUGCCACGGCAAUGCUGGUGGCUUCAUUUGCACCUGCCCACCCGGUUUCCAAGGACACCAAUGUGAAAUCAACAUAGAUGAGUGCCAAGACGAGCCGUGCCAUAAUGGAGCUCUGUGUGUAGAUGGAGUGGACGAAUACAGCUGUGACUGCUCACACACAGCCUUCACUGGCAGACACUGUGAGGGCCUGAAGCCAUCAUGCGACUCUGAACCUUGCUUCAACAGCGCCAUCUGUAAGGACAGUCAGGGUAAUUACACCUGUCAUUGCUGGCCAGGAUUUGCAGGGCGUCAAUGUGAAAUAGACAUCAACGAGUGUGGCAGUAACCCUUGUUUGAAUGGAGGCCGCUGCAUCGAGAAGUCAUGGCAGGUCCUUUUUGGUAGCGACCCUCUCCUACCUGAACACUAUGACCCGCGACAUGCUGCAGGCUACAUAUGCAGCUGUCCUGCAGGAACAACAGGUUCCCUCUGCCAAGAAGUCAUCGACCACUGUGAUCCCAGCCCCUGUCACAAUGGGGGGAGGUGUGAGAGGCAUGAUGGGGGGUACAUCUGUCACUGCAUCAAAAAGCGUAGCAAUGGUUACCUUUAUGGAGGUGCAAACUGUGACGUGAGGUUGGUGGGUUGUGACGGCCAUGAGUGCCAGAACCAAGGCUCCUGUUCUCCCUUCCUAUUAGACGGGACUCAGGGCUACACUUGCUCCUGCUCACCUGGAUACACCGGCCCCCUCUGCAAAAACCCCACCACCUUCUCCUUUGAACACAGCGGGCACUUGCUGCUCCAGAGCCCCCUUGUGGAUGCCGAGGUCUCAUCUAACAUCACCCUCAGCUUUAAGACGGCUCUGCCCAAUGCGCUAUUGUUCCAGCGAAGUCUCAGGGGACUACUGCUAAGCCUGGAGCUGCAAGAGGGGCAGCUUCAUCUCAACCUGAGGAGGGAAGCAUCUGAUGGAGUCCGAGCAGAGAGUCGAAUUGGGGCUUUGGAGCUGUCGCACAGAGUCACAGAUGGAGAGUGGCACACUGUUGAGGCAGUACUCACAAACUGGGUACUGAGUCUUAGACUCCUAGAUGAUGCUGCAAAAUGUGAGAGCCAGUCAUGCUACAAGGCGGCCCCGGUCCAGAGCACCAUGGUUGGCCUGGUAUCACCUCCUCAGAACACCUUCAUUGGAGGAGUACUCAAGAACUCACAAAGCCCUGUUGAGGACUUGCCACCUCCAGCAUUCAUCGGCUGCAUGCAGGAUGUCUUUGUGGACUGGCAACUAAUUGUCCCUCAGGAGUGGCUGAGUCACUCUGCUGUGAACGUGUCCCCUGGCUGCAGCCAUCGGGACCGAUGCUUGGAUGUGCCUUGCCAAAACAAUGGAGAGUGUGUCAACUUGUGGCAGAGCUACCAGUGCCAGUGUCCAAGGCCUUACGAGGGACAAGACUGUGAAGAGGAACAUGUGACCGCACGUUUUGGGAAUGAGGACUCUCUCAGUUAUGCUGCCUUCACUGUCACAGAUGACCUGGGCCACAAUCUCUCAAUCUCUCUCUUCCUGCGAACCCGGAGGCCCAACGGCCUCCUGCUGGCCGUGGCGAACAGCAGCCGCCAGUACCUGCACGUGUGGCUGGAGGAUGGCGUGGUCACAGCUCAGCUCAGCGACGUCGAGAUCCUGAAGGGAGAGAGUGUGGUCAAUGAUGGGGAAGUCCACAUAGUGAAUGUAGAGGUGGCAAGAAGGCAAAUGAAGCUGCACGUGGGUGCUCACAAACAAGCUGAGGUGGAAGUCAGGACAGUCCAUGUGCAGGCUGGAGACACUGUCUAUGUUGGAGGUCUGCUGGAGAAAGAUGCUACCGCAGUGUUUGGUGGAUAUUUUAAAGGAUGCAUCCAAGACCUGCGGAUAAGCGACAGGAGGCUGCAGUUUUUUGGUUUGGAUACCCUGGUGAGAACAUUCCCUUUGCAGCUUAUGGAGAAUGUAACUGCUGGCUGCACUGGAGACAAUACCUGCAGUAGGAACCCUUGUUUGAACGGAGGGUUGUGUUACUCCAUGUGGGACGACUUCACCUGCACCUGCCCACCCAGCACAGCAGGGCGGCACUGUGAAGAUGUCAGGUGGUGCGACUUGUCUCCGUGCCCUACAGAUGCUGAGUGCAAGAUGCUGAACCAAGGAUAUGAAUGUUACUCCAAUGCCACUUUCCUGAAUGACAGCACUGUGCUAGUCUAUCGAGGAAAUGGACACAUUUUCCGCAACCUAACUAACCUCUCUGUGAACCUGCGCACACGGAAACGCAACGCUGCUAUUCUUCAUGCGGAAAAGGACUCCGCCUUUGUCACCCUCUCUGUUCAGGACGGCUUCCUCUUCAUGGAGCUUCACAGCACCACCAGAGACUCUAAAGAGAAGGAGGAAGACAACAGAGGAGUGUCCAUAGUCAGUCUCAGGAGCGCGAGGAUUGUCAGUGAUGGCGAGUGGCACAGUGUCCACUUGUUCAUGACAGCACCUUGGGCUCAGAUGUCUCAGUGGUCUCUGGUGCUGGAUGAUGAAGUAGACGAAGCUCGCACCUCUAGAGGUCAAGGGGGCAACCUGGACUUCCUCAGGCAGGGAGUGGACAUCUUCCUGGGAGGGUUGGCUCCAGACACAGGGUGGUCACUAGCUGGGUGUCUGGGCACAGUGGAGCUGGGCGGCAUUGCCCUGCCUUAUUUCAGCUCCUCUCAGGUGAACCUCCCACGCUUGCAGGAGCAGCAGUUCAUCCAGACAUCACUCAGUCUUCCGCUGGUCGGCUGCAGCGGGGUGCCCGUGUGCAUGCCCAAUCCGUGUCUGAAUGGAGGGGAGUGCCAGGACUUGUUCAACGCCUUCAACUGCAGCUGUGCUGAGGGCUGGGCAGGGAGACACUGUAGCUUCUUCACUGACACAUGCGCCUCCCGUCCUUGUGUUCAUGGCAACUGCAGCGUCAAUGGGCUGACCUACCAGUGCACCUGCGAACUUGGAUACACAGGAGUGGACUGUGAGGAGGAGGUCGACGUGUGCGAAAACCACCUGUGUGCACAUGGCGGGACGUGCCUGCAUGGGCCUGACAGGUAUGCCUGUCUGUGCCCUGAGAAUUACACUGGACCCCUCUGCAAUGAGCAGGUUGAAGAAAUUCCUUGGUACAUUGUUGUCAGAAAUGUGCGGCCCAAGCUUCCUGUGUCUGUAUGUGGAGAUGAUGUCAGAAACUACACCUGCUUCAAUGGAGGCAACUGCACUGAACGUGCGCUGUCAUGUGACUGCCUGCCUGGUUUCACUGGACACCGGUGUGAGCAGGAGGUGGAUGAGUGCAAAUCCAACCCUUGUCUGAACGGAGGCUACUGCCGCAACCUGGUCAACAAGUUCCACUGUGUGUGCGACAUGAGCUACGCCGGCGACAUAUGCCAGACGGACCUGACCUCUGAAGGCGUCACCUCUGACCUGCUUCUGGCCGUCAGUCUGGUGUCCGUCCUCCUCCUCCUCGUUCUCAUCCUGACUUCAGCUGGACUGGUGGUCACACUGAACCGCCGGGCCACCCACGGCACCUACAGUCCCAGCCGGCAGGAGAAGGAGGGAUCCCGGGUGGAGAUGUGGAGCAUCAGCCAGCCACCACCUAUGGAGAGACUCAUCUGAGAGCCUGAAGAUGCACACUGUCAACCUCCUAAGUGCACGUAUGCUGGAUGGAUGUCUCCUCACAUCUCUACAUGCGCAUGCUGCAAAAUUGCAAGCGCUCUCGUGACACUCUGCGGGCUUCAUAAGUCCCGCUAGCAUGUGCUGCACAUCCUUCAUUCUACGUAGAUAGAUGUGUGCUCAUGGUGUUUGUGUGCCUAAGCUACAUUUGGGGGACAGAUAGAGCAGUUUGUGCCUGAUAGGUUUUUUUUUUUUGCACUUGAAUGUUUCCACUAUUUGACAAAAUACCCUCGGCUGAUUCAUUGAGAAAAUUAAAUAUCAGUUCAUACUGUAGAUCCCCGUAUCGUCACCGCUUUCUUUUCUCUGCUAUAAGUUUGUUUUUAAAUGGUAUCUUCACAACAAGCAUCACCAAUACGUGCUUUCAUGUUAAAGUCUCCGCAAAUAAUACGACCUGAAAAAGUCACUCGAUUUUUUUUCAAAACAGAAUCUAGACGUGUUUGAAUACUUGCUCAAUAUAGCGACAAAGUUGGCAACACUGAUCCCUCCUGCUACAUGUUCUUAUUCUCUGGCAGACCAGGUGCUUAUGAGGUGUGUUAUAAGGCAGAGUUACUAUGCCAUCUACUGUAUGCAUAAUAAUCAUAAUGUAGCUCCGGAUCCAUUUGUGGCGGGAAAACACAAACUUAAAUGGAAAAAAUGUGAAAAUGUUUGAUAGCGAUAUCUGCAGGGGGAAAAAAAAAGUCCAGUAGAGGGCGCUGUCUCACAAGUCAAUUCACUCAACAUUUUUUAGCACCGGGAGACAAGAUGAUGUGUAACUGCACUGUAUACUAUAUGCCAGUAGCCGUUUCUUAAUGUGUCAAACAGAAUUGAAAUGUGUUUGAAUAAGUGCGAGAAGCAUAUUAUAGGAUUUAGAACAGGGGUGUCCAAACCUUUUACACCGAAGGCCGCACACUGGAAAAAAUCCAAGGAUGCGCAGAGUCCACUUUGAUAUUUUUAGAUAUUUUUUUUAUUUUGUAUAAAGGCUAAAAAGCCAAAUUAUAUAUUAUGUGUUUAAAGUAGGGAUGCCAAAUGGUUAAACAUUUAAAUAAAAAUUAAUCACAGUUUUUUUGAUUAAUCACCAUUUGCAACUAUGUGUGAAAACAUGCCCAUUUUUAUUGUAUUUUGUGAAAAAAACCCAUAAAUGAUUCAAAAGAUAAAUGACAGGACACAAUUACAUAUACUUUUGUAUGUAUUAACAGCUCCAAAUGAACAGAAAAUGUAACUCAAGCUAAAAGAUAGCACACGUCUGAAAAUCUGUUAGCCUAACGCUAGCCUCUUUAAAAGUAGCACAACAUUUGACUCACACUUUAACCGUGUCAUUAUGAGCCAUGAAGAGUUGCGUUCAAAGACACCCAGCAAUUCAAGUUGAAGUCACGUUUUGAGUGUAGAUGUAUAUUCUGGGAUUUCCGAGCAUACUUAAAUGCAUCAAAUUGUACUUACGCAGUGAGAAUUACGUUAGUGAGUGAUAAGAAUAUCCACUUAUUGAUUUUCUGUUUAUUUAGAUCACACAUACGCGGAUAUUAACAUGUUACUGUGAUUUUCGGAGUGUCCAUGAAUGCAUCUCGCGGCAGCCUCGUGACAAUGAGGAAGUGUAGUUCCGAGGAGGGUAAGAGACUUGUUUUGUGGGUUGGAGAUACAUAUCAGGUGUUGGAAUUGCACUGCCGUUGAUGUGUUCAGGUCAGAAUAAAGUUCUGGAAGAUCGUCAGCCUUGUGUGACUGUGUAGGGAUACUACACUAUGCUUCCCCCCCCCCCGCCGUCAGGACAGAGAGGUAUGGCUUGACUUGAUGGGCAUGGGUCAAUUAAGUGAAAAAUGUUAAUGUCAUUAAUGAAAUAAAUUCGCUACCGCCGUUAACGCGCUAUUUUUGACAGCCCUAUUUUAAAGACACAUCUUUGUGUUGUUAUUAGUUAUUUUUAUCUCACAGUGGAGGUCGGCAUGGAUGAAGCACAGCUCCUUGUGUUCUUCCUCACACCACAAAUGAGUAGAGACUGUAACAGCAGCGCCUCUGCUGGUCACAGCGAAGUAGUGCACUCCAUUUUGUCUCAAUUGCAUCGACGUUAACAGUCAGUAAUAUCGGAUGAAUGAAUUACUACGCUCAUCGCUGCAUUUUCCACAAACAAAAUGAGUAGGAAGUCGUACCAAAAAGCACCAUUGCGGUGUCUGUAACUUCCAUGCAAGUGGACAACAUUGCAAUCGUCUAUUAGCCACAUAUUUUAACACCCCAAAAGCUAGUUUUCUACGAAAAACACAUGCAUUGCUUUUUGUACAAAAUCCUUUGUGACUGUUAGAGUUUGUCUUUAGAAAUGAUGAAACUGUGGUGCCACAUUGCGUGUACUUUAUAUACACUGAAAUGACUUCCAUUUUCGUGCCUUUGUUGGCAAUGCUGUACUGUAAAUAUUACAUCUGUUGCAGGUGUUCAUUUAUUUUACUGUCUAAUUAGGUGCCAAGGUUGACAUGAUUUGCAUUUAUCCUUUUGUCAAUGUGUCUUAUUAAACCGUCAAAGUGGUGACAUUUCGGAGCUUGAUAUGUAGCAUGAUGGCGUCACACUUUUAUUUCAAGAUAAAUGCUUUACGCGUUAGUUGUAAAAUACAUACACCGCUUUCCUCUUACUUCAUAGAUGGUCUAUAAAAUGUUACAGAGUACAAAUCAAGGAAGCAAAAACGGAAACAGAGUGUUCCCUUGUUUAGUGCGGGGGAUAGGUUCCCAAAAUAGCCCGCAAUUAGUGAAAUUCGCGAAGUAGCCAACUUUAUUUGUUUACAAUUGUUAUAUAUGUUUUAAGGCUGUCGACCCCUCACAGUACACUUUGUACACUUUUCUCAGACAGGCAUUAACAUUUUCUCACAUU